AUGAAACCAUCAAAGCGGAACAUCAUUGCUGUCGCUCAUCAAGCUGUCGAUAUCAUACAGUCAUCACAAGAGGCGAACUACCUUUACCCAAUUAAAGGUGGUAUUGUUGGUCUUCAUAAUAUGGGAAAUACGUGUCAUUUGAACGUAUGUUUACAGGUUCUGUUCUACAUAUCCGAAGUGAGAACAGAAGUUUUGAAGGUUGCCAAUUAG